AUGGCGAGCCCGGCUCACUCCCUCAGCUACGUCGGGUGCAACUUUUUGCGGCAAAGGCUGGUGCUUUCCACGCUGAGCGGGCGGCCAGUGAAGAUCCGCAAGAUCCGGGCCAAGGAGGACAACCCCGGCCUCAGAGAUUUCGAAGCGAACUUUAUAAGGCUGAUUGACAAAAUAACCAAUGGCUCUAGGAUUGAAAUAAACCAAACUGGCACUACUUUAUAUUACCAGCCUGGCCUGCUCUGUGGAGGGUCACUAGAACAUGACUGUAGUCCCAAUCGAAGUAUUGGUUAUUACUUGGAAAGUCUUCUCUGCUUGGCACCAUUCAUGAAACACUCUUUAAGAAUUGUUUUCAGAGGUAUAACAAAUGAUCAAGUAGAUCCUUCGGUAGAUGUUCUUAAGGCAACUGCACUGCCCUUAUUGAAAAGAUUUGGAAUUGAUGGCGAAGAGUUAGAAUUGAAGAUCACCAGGAGGGGUAUGCCACCCAAAGGAGGUGGUGAAGUGGUAUUUGUUUGUCCUGUUAAGAAAGCAGUGAAGCCUGUUCAGUUUACUGACCCUGGCAAGAUUAAGCGUAUCAGAGGCGUGGCCUAUUCUGUGAGAGUAUCACCCCAGAUAGCAAAUCGAAUUGUGGAUUCUGCAAGGAGCAUCCUGAAUAAAUUCCUGCCAGAUAUUUACAUUUAUACAGAUCACAUGAAGGGAACUAGCUCUGGGAAGUCUCCAGGUUUUGGGUUGUCCCUUGUGGCAGAGACUGCUAAUGGUGCUUUCCUUAGUGCUGAGCUGGCCUCUAACCCCCAGGGAGAGGGUGUUGCUGUACUCCCAGAAGACGUUGGCACAAACUGCGCAAAGUUACUACUUGAAGAGAUUUACAGGGGAGGCUGUGUGGAUUCAACAAACCAAAGCUUAGUCGUCCUCCUCAUGACCCUUGGACAGCAGGAUGUUUCCAAAGUCCUAUUAGGAACACUCUCUCCAUACACAAUUGAGUUUCUGCGACAUUUAAGAAGCUAUUUCCAGGUUAUGUUUAAAAUUGAAAUGAAACCAUCUGAUGAAGAGCACAAAGGUGGUGAAAAAGUCCUAAUGACCUGUGUUGGCAUUGGGUUUUCCAAUCUGAGCAAGACAGUAAAAUGACAAAGAGCCUGAAGAUUUUAAUGAAACAUGAACUCAUGUUUGUACAUUAAAAAUGAAUUAACC